AGUGGCGUCACUAAGGGCGGAAGGAGUGUGGCUGGGGUCGAAGCCGGGGUUCCAUCCCGGCUGGGCUGCCGCCCCUUCUGGACUGCUGCAAUGGAACUCAGCGCCGAAUACCUCCGGGAGAAGCUGCAGCGGGACCUGGAGGCAGAGCAUGUGGAAGUCGAGGACACGACUCCCAACCGUUGCGCGUCCAGCUUCCGAGUGCUGGUGGUGUCGGCCAAGUUCGAGGGGAAGCCGCUGCUUCAGAGACACCGCCAGCGGGCCCCGCACGGUGAGCCACGGCCCCAGGGAUCCCGCCUUCCAAGGAUCCCUGUGCUGAGACCGAGGCCCUCUGCCCCUUUGGUUCCCAGGGCCCGGGGACCUCCAGCGUCCUGGGUCACCCUGCUUUCUGGGACCACGACUGAGACUCCGGCCUUCCAUUUCCUCGCCCCAUCUCUCCCCCAGGCUGGUGAACACGUGCCUGGCAGAAGAGCUCCUGCACAUUCACGCCUUUGAGCAGAAAACCCUGACCCCAGAGCAGUGGGCCCGUGAGCGCCAGAAAUAAGAGCCCAAGGCCCACACAGCCAUUAAAUUAUGAAUCAGGGCCA